AUCAGGUGGCUAUAAUUCGACUGCAAGAGACGGUUAGAAAGUUAAAGUGUCACUUUACACAAAAGUAAAACUAAUUUACUGUGCUUUAAGUGUCCUUGGCAUGGUGUUUUUCCUACUUUUCGCGCUUUUGUCACUGUUUGCCUUCAACCAAGGAGGCAAAGCGCCGUUGUUAUGGAGUGCUUCAAACCAAACAAUUUCUGCCAUCGUGACUGUCUUCCCAAGAGAAACGCCAACUUUACCCCAGCCUUACCUCAAACUGCCCGUGUACGUCAACUCCAAGCUGCCGCCACAGGAGAAGCUCCAUUUCUACCCGGCCAGAGGCACCGGCUUGGAGCCUUUACCUGGACCCGUCCGGGAGCGCCUUCUUCCGGCACGGCCGGGCAGUAGGCCGCCGAGGCCAGCGGAGGAUUCAGUCAGGACGUUGUGCAAAAUGGACAAAAUGCUUGUUAAGGUGCCAAAGAGCAUUUUGAGCGGCGCUGAAACAAUCUCCCAUCUUAAACUGGGAACAUGUGGAGCCAAUAAAUCAUCGAAUAAUUACGUUUACUUUAAGACUGAACUUAGCCAGUGUGGAACCAAGCGAGAGAUCAUAAAUGGACAGAUGACAUAUUCAAACACAUUGCAGUAUGACUCAGAGAUGCUCCAAGGACCCAUAAGAAGAACGGCACCCUUCUCGCAGUCUGUGGCCUGCAAUUACGCCAGGUAUCAGUAUUCCUACAAAAUCGGAUACCUUCCAAAGAUGCGCAUUCGCCAGAUCCUCAGAGCUAUGAGGAACAGAGCAAAUUUUAUUCUGACGCCUCGUAAUGCUCAGUGGGAAAGACUGUCCCCAUCGGAUCAAUAUGUGCUGGGAGAGCCCAUGUACUUCGAGGCCGAGGGUCCGACCAUGCCCGACGACAUGAGGCUGUACGUCCACUCGUGUUAUGCCACGCCUGAGAGUUCGCACACUUCCUCACCUCAGUUUGCAGUGGUGAAGAACUUUGGCUGCAUGGCUGAAAGCAAAUACGGUCGCUCCAGAUUCAUCCCGCACAAGAACAACGCCGUCCGUUUCUCCGUGGAUGCUUUCUUGUUCAAAGAAAUGACAGAGCAACAGCUCUACAUGCACUGCAGCAUGUCCACGGAAAGCGCCUUUCCCACUCCAACUGCAAAGUCCUGCAACUACGACACAAAGACAGGAAGAUGGGUGGAGCUGUAUGGCUCACAUUGGGUGUGUGUCUGCUGCAACUCCAACUGUGGCUCUGCUGCCUCUGCUUAUACCACAACGAGCAGCAGCAGAGGGUGGAAGGUGCAGCCUAAAGUGCAACUCUUCCAACACCACAAGAGGAAGAGCUUGCUGCCUUCCACCAAAACGGGACCGGCAGUGAUGACAACGAUGACAACGACAGAGGCCGUUCGGACCAGCACGACGCCGAAUCCUGAGGCGAUGGUGGAGGAGGAGGAUCUCACAGAUCUGAAGUGGCCGUUUGGAGGUACAGGAGUGGCGUGGGUGGAGUUGGAGGAGGAGGAGGAGGAGAAGAAGAAGAAGAAGAAGAAUAACAAGAAGAAGGUGAAGGGCACCGCUGUUGUGGAGGAGGAUUUCCAGGAAACUCAGCACAUCCUUGAAGAGCUCAAAGACAAAACCUCCAAAAACUCAAAGAGGAAGAAGCCCACCACCACCACCACCACAGUGCGAACACCACCGCCACAGAAGAUGACCACAGAGGUGACGACAUGGCUUGACGUCAAGGGUAAGGUGGACGAUACGGUCACAGAGAGGGAGUGGCCGUUUGGAGGUGGACGGGUGGAGGAGGAGGAGGAGAUGGUGAAGGGCUCUGCUGUUGUGGUGGAGGAGGUCAGACAACCUCGCAGAACUUUUGAAGAUAUCUUUGAGUUUGAGGAAUAAAGCCAACUGUUCAACGCUCACUAAAUCAGGGGUGUCCAAACUUUUUCCAACGAGGGCCGCAUGCUAAAGAAAAAUCAAAGGAUCCUGGAGGACAUUGUCAUAUUUUGCUAAAACCAAUCCAGUAUCAUAAGAAGUUAAAUACAGCACUGUAUAUUUCUGAUGUACUGAUCCACGUUUUCACUUACCAUCCAGAUACCCGAUAUCUGCUGAUACUGAUACUUUUCAGAUACCAAUGCUGUGUUUGCUUUAAUAUUAUUAUUAUUAUUAUUAUUUUCGCGGUGUCUACAGACGCUAUAAGGUUGACAAGCAGGCGGUUGAUCAAUAUUGAACAAAACAGGUUACUGUCGGCCGCAGCCACGGCAAAAGAAUAUCAGCAUAUCUAGCUAGAAGAAUAUCAGCAGACGCAGCUGUCUCCACACAUGCACACACAAGUCAUAUGACACGUAACGUGCACAUUGCUACAUUAUCAUUAUUGUGUUAUUGUGGAUUUGAUAUGAAACCAUAAUAAACGCAUUUCUACAGGCAAGUAUGACAUUGUAGCCACCUGGACGUUUUGUGUGGCGUUAAGUUAGUGAUUUGUGGUAUCAGUUAUCUGAAUCCGUCACAAAUAGUGGAUCGGAACGGCCCCACCCCUGCUGUAUAUUUUUACCUUUCUAUUAGUGUGUUAGUAUCAACAUUAUUUAUGUUACAUUAUGCUUUUUUUGUAGUUUUCUUGUAUUUUUAAAAUACUUUGUUUUAAAAUACUUACUUUGGGCACCCCUGCACUGAAUAAUCUCAAUCAAAGGCGAUGGUUAGGUACAAGGAGCAUUUAUUAACUUUACAUUGUGAGUAAAUGUUGCUACAUGACGGAGAUUCUGUACAAUUUCUUUUACAAAAGCGUGAGUCGCUCAUAAGUUUCUUCUCCUGAAAACCAUCCUUGUUUUUCCACUAUCACACGAGGUACUUAAAGAAUAGAAAGGUGGUUUCCGUAAGAAAUGGAUACAGUAAAUACAAUGUGUCAUCAGUAUAUUCAUAAUAUUCCAGGAAGAGUAUACUCUGCCAAAGCGUUCCUGUGCGUCGUCCUGUGCACACGGUCCCUUGUGUCCGUCACACCUGCAUCGUAAUGCCCUGUAUAAUCAGACAUCACAGCAUCAUCACCCUAAUUUCAGGUAAGCUUCAUCUUGGGUGCGCCCCUUAUGAGCUCAAAAUGGGAACAGUUGCAUGCUUUGGCCCCGCCCCUUCUGCUUGCCGUGUGUCCUCAGUAGUACGAGCUCAGGUGGGAGUGGGUGGCGGGAUGUCUGGUCAUGGCUGCCCCGGGGUAGAUGGGGCUGCUGGGUGAGUUCCAGUAUGUGGA